AUGUCAAACAAAACCUCUGGACGACCCGAGAUGAUCAUGGCGAACAAAGUUUCCGAUUACGGGUCCAUGUCGUCUGCCAAUGUUACAAUUCCACACUUCGUCGUUAUCGCAGGUAUCUUCACCAAGAACCUGGCAUCAAGGCAACGGCAGCACAAUUUCACGGCAUUCAAGAAAGUGAAUACUGAUUCUGCUACUGUCUUGAGAACGGCUUAUGGAUACACAAUCGAGACCCAUACGCCUGAUCCUUUAGCUGAAUCAGGCGACAAGAUGAUGAUCGAAUUCUCAAUGGCUGCAGUUCCCAUGGCUUGGGCCGUUGACAUCAUUCCUAUCCUACAGUACCUUCCUAUCUGCUUUCCUAGUCCAAAGUUUCAGAAGACGGCUCGAAUUUGGCGAAAAUCCAUCCAAUCCUCAGCAUGUAUUCCGUAUCGCUUCGUCAAGACCCAGAUGGCUACGUCAAUAAUCACAGGCGUAGCAAAGAAGACGAAGGUUCUAUUAUCUGGACAGUUGUUAGUCUUUACGGGGUUGCCGCGGACACCAAGUAAUCACCCUCACCAUAUUCACCUUGGCGGUGAUCAAAUUCAAACAUGUGCAGUGCAAGGCUCAAGAAGAAAUUUAUCGUGUUAUGGGAAAAGGCCGCCUGCUGAAGACCGCGAGAAAUGGCCAUACAUCAAUGCUUUGGUCAAGGGAAUCACAAGAUGGUGGUCCAUUGCUCCCAUGGGGUUCCCUCACACAACAACCGAGGAUGUUGAAUAUAAUGGCGUUCAUAUCCGAAAGGAUGCAUUCUUGCUACCUGCUGUUUGGUAG